AUGCCAACUUCAAUCACGCAAGGCCGUCCGCAAGCGGUGCGAUCCCGUAACAUAGCGCUAUUCAGCAUAGUCGCUGUCAUAGGCAGUGGCUGGCUUGCAUUCCGCAGCCAGAGUCCAAGACAGGGAGAUCAGUUCGCAGGAAGGAGAGGCGAACGUGCCGUGGUCUCGGAGCAGGACAUCCAGACUAUGAGCGGUGGCAAGCCGGGUGAGGCCUCGCCGGGCCGCGCACCAUCGCAUCAGAAAUAG